AUGUCGACUCAGCCCCUCCUACAACGUACAGCAGCAAAACGCAUAGCUCUUCCUGUUCGCGUUGAACCAAAAGUCUCCUUUGCGAACGAACGAACAUUUCUGUCCUGGCUGCAUUUUACUGUCGUUCUUGGAGGUCUUGCUGUCGGGCUUUUGAAUUUUGGGGACAAGGUCGGCCAAAUCAGUGCUGCCAUGUUCUCUGUUGUUGCAAUGGCAAUAAUGGCCUACGCACUGUAUACAUAUCAUUGGAGAGCGGCAUCCAUACGCAGAGGGGGAAAGGGCCCCUACGAUGACAGGCUGGGUCCGACGUUGCUUUGUAUUGCAUUGCUAGCCGCCGUCAUUGUCAAUUUUGUAUUACGGUUCACCCAGGACUAA